AUGUACGCCGUCCUCUACCUACGCAUGAAGAAAAGCCAGGAAGUCGAAAAUUCCGUGGUUUAUUCGGCCAAACUGCUCAUGUUCCAACUAUUCCCGGUCUAUUCCAUCAAUAUCGUAGGUUCGAUUCCCGUCGAGGGCGACCAUUUUUUUGCAGAUAAACCUUCUGAGAAUCUGCAUCACUUUGAGCAUAUGUAAAGGGGGCUCUUUGGCGACACACACUCCGUUUUAUAUGAAAGUGUCAACGUCUUUGUUAUAUUUCGCCUUGAUGCCGAUUUCCUACUUGAUCGACCGGGAAAAAGUCAGAGUGAUCCAGAAAAUUUUCUGCUGUCGUGAGGGUGGUCUUGGACGGAUCUCGUCUAUUAUUUGAAGUUUUAUUCAAUAAAUAUUAAUUGUAAAAUGAAUAAACUGAUGAUGAUGAUGAAUACAUUUAUUUCUGGAGAAAAGGGCAAAAAAAUGGUGAAUAAUGGUGGAAACUGCGCUUGAAGGAUAAUGUUGGUGGAAAAUGCGCUCCAAGGCAGGCUUGUGCGAGGGCCGGCCCGUCGCCCUCCCGGCCCCCCCGACCAUUUCGUAAGCCCGGCCUUAGCGGGCCUCAAGAAAAAAAUGGCCCGCCCGGCCCAAAACGCGCAAUUUUUUUCUAGCCGAAGAUCAAGUUUUUUUACGACAAAAAAAUAGGUUUUUGCUCAUUUUUUUCACUCAAAUUUUAACAAAAACCAUGAUUUCAAAAAGUAAAAAGUAACAUUUCAUUGAAAAAUUUUUUUAAAUAAAGUUUUAAAUUUUUUUGAAGCCCAGCCCGGCCCGAGCCCACGCGGGCUUUUUUUCCUGAAAAAUAAGGCCCAAAGUCCGGGCCGCCCGGCCUGA